UUCCUGGAAAGUUCUUAGAAUGGUUUUACGAGAGGCUCCUAGGAAAGACUUGUCGCUAUGCAAGGUUCAUGAGCGGAGGAAAAUGGAAACACACGUCAUUAAAUUUUACAAUAAAGAUUUUAUGACUCAACACACCCCACACUGUACCUGAACUUUUUUUUAAUACUGGUUUGAUCAAACUGGAUACAGUGGGAGUUCUGGUGUUCCGGGAAUGAUGGGCUGCGACUCAAAGUCACUGAUGGCGUCAGAGGCGGUGAGACGCGCGCGCUGAUUCAGAGAAAAGUGGUUCCUGGAACUCAGGCGGAAUCAGCAGCAGCAGCACACAGUUGUUUCGCCUCCACGCUUUUAAGCUGUUAAACCAGCUGAAACACUGCUCACUAGCGCAAAUCACACCGGGUGCUGUUUCAGCCACUUCUUCUUCGCUCCUGGGUGAUUCAUUUAUAACGCCGGCGAUUUUCACACAGAGCUGCGACACUGUUCCACAGACUCGGGGGAAGGUUUUAGAUCGCAGCGACGCACCGAGUCACGACAAGGAGCGGCUCAGGAACUUUCAGAAUCGGUUUCGGAACCUGACUGGAACCUUCACUCAGACGAUGAUUCUGUGCGUUCAAGGUCCUAGAGCUCUGUUAGAAGACUCGCAGUCCCAGGUGGUUCCUCUUGGGGUUUCAGUCCUCUCUUCCUCAUCAGCACAUUGUCUUCACAGAAACCCCAAGUUCUGGGACCACAGCAAUGACCUGUGCACCAUCACCAGCAACUUCUGUUACCUUGAUGCAUCAGGGUGGUACUGGGGCACCAUCACAGCCAGCGAGGCCCAUUCACUCCUUGAGGCAGCCCCAGAGGGCACGUUCCUCAUUCGGAACAGCAGUCACCCUCUCUACAUGCUGACUCUAUCAGUCAAAACGGGACGCGGCCCCACUAACGUGCGCAUUGAAUAUAGUCACGGGCGCUUCCAGCUCGACUCGAGUUCACCAGCCCGAGCACGUCUGCUCUCUUUCCCUGAUGUGCUGAGUCUGGUGCAGCACUAUGCUACCUCAGCAAGGGGACGUGACGCAGCUCAAGACAAUGAGUGUGAUUCUGUAACUCCCCCGGUACCUAAGGAGUGUGCUGUCCUGCUCAAGCUGAAACAUCCACUCCGCCAGCCUCAGGCUUUUCCAUCCCUACAGCACCUUGCGCGCCUGGCUAUUAAUCAGUACACAACCUGCCCAGCGAAGCUGCCUUUACCGAAACCAUUACUGCAGUACCUACAGGAGUACCCUUUCCAACUCUGACAUCACCAUGGAAACACCAACUUGAACAUAAAAGAGAGAAUGCUGAUUUCAUUAAUGAAAAUGAUGCAAGUGGAAGCUCAUUUCCAGAGAAAUGGAGCUUUGUCUUGCUAACCAAAGGUGGCUAUAUUUAAAGCUCUAGAACACUUUUUUUUUUCUUUGCUUGGUAUGACUAAUUUAAGCUUUGGAUAGCUGUUUUUUUUCUCCUCUUGGAUAAAUUAGAUUUCCUGUUUCCAAAUACAGACUAAAUUUGGAAAUUCACUGGAACUGAACAGAAUUUCAAAUGACAAAGAAGUUUGCAGCGAAUCAAUGUCAGCAUUUUCAUGAUGUCUAUAGGACAUGGUGUAACUAGUUUCAUUACCCCACAGACUUUGGACAAGUUUAAAAAAAAACAAAGAAAAAAAAAAAAGACUUGAAGACUACUGUGGGCUUGAUUCCCUGUACAACAUAACCCGUCUCUAUGGUCACAUUACUUAUUUACAGUGAUGGUUUGAUAAAAAUGAAAGCAACACAAUUUUCUCCAUGGCUUGAGCUACACAGCUAAUACUGCUGAGUAAAAGACGAACAUAGAGCUGUUUUAGCAUAGUUAAAACUCCAUGCCUAAAUCAUCACACACUUGCCUAGUGUUAUCUGAAAUAGAAUUGUUAUUUGGUUUCGGACGUUGCAUGACACUUUUUUUAAUGUCAAAAAUGACAUUGUGACAUUAAGGACAGUAUAAACAGCCAUUUUGAAGACAAUAUCACUCUGCACUACUAUCAGACUCAGACUAGCUAUUUUGGCUAGCUGCAGAGUCACAGGCGCUAUCAGCUAGAGUCUAGCUCACCAGCCAGAGGAUUUAGCUAAACCAGGAUUUAACUAAAACAAUGUUUACUUCAGGUUCACUGCUCAAAGGUAGAUUUUAUAGCAAAAUGAUAAAACAGCAGAUUUAGCUGUGUUUUUAUAAUACUUUUUUCAGUUAUUAAAUGGCUUGUGGUUGUGAUUGUAUGCCAUUUUACUAACGUAAGCAUAAAUCCUGAGCAAGUCUGUGAAAAUUUUUAGAAUAAUGAUGUACUUUGUUUUUGUGUCCUAGAACACAAAUACAGCUACUGUAGCUAGUUAACUUAGCUAGUUAUUAUUUAUAUUAGAAAUAUGCUCGGAGUAUAGUGGCCACACAAAGUUUGAAAACUAAUGACUUUUUUUUUUUAAACUAAAUGAAAAACAAAGUCAAGUUAUGAAACACUUUUUUCAUAUAAAUUAUUAAUAUCUUUUGUGACAAGUGUGUGAUUAUUUUGGAGUUUUGUUUGCCCAGUGCUAAACUAGCAACUAGAAGCCUUUGUUACUUGUUAGCUACAAAACUCAAGGAGCAAACACCAGACUCCAAACAUAAUUUGGCAGGCUAAUAACAAUUAUUGUCAGGGAAAAUUUGUGUAAAUUUCAUUUUUAGCCUGUUCUUAAUUUCUUAAAGGGACAAUCGAGGGCAUGGGACUGCCUUGAUCCACAGCUUGCAACAUGGCAGCCAGAUGCAUACCAACAUUGUCGAAGCCCUGUGUUAUCUCUCUUUCUUUCCUUUUUACUUUUUCUACACAAAAUUCGUUCUGGUACAUUCUGCUAUAUAAUCAAUCCAGAAUAAUUUAUUUUUUUCUAUCCCCACAAUGUGGGUGUUUGUAUAUAUUUAUGGACAAAGAUCCUUUUUAUUUUGUAAUAAAAGAAAAAUA